AUGAGUUAUCAAACGUUAACAUCAGAUGAAGAGCUGGUGAAUCGGCCAGAACGCGACCUAAGAACCUCUAACAAUAUUUUGGGCUGGUAUCUGUAUUGUUUUUCAAGCGAACCUUUCAUAGUCUCUGCUGUUUCGACAUAUGUGCCCUUGCUGCUGGAACAGUUUGCUAGAAUAAAUGGUGUUUCAGUGGAUGAUCACUCGCUAAAUUGUGUUACACCAGACCAAAAAUGUGUACUGGGUAUAUUUAACAAUACGUUCUACAUCGAUACCGCGAGUUUUGCGUUGUACACGUUCUCUUUAAGCGUCCUAUUUCAGGCUAUCCUGGUGAUCACAGUAUCUGGUUUGGUCGAUAUGUGGAACUCUGUUAAGCUUAGGAGUAAAAUUAUGGUGGUUUUUGGAAUUAUUGGCGGUGUUUCUACCAUAGCUAUAUCGCAGCUCAACUCGUCGCAAUACUAUUCUCUGGCUCUCCUGGCAAUUGUAUCCAACUGCUGUUACGGAGUAGUUAACGUGGUCGGUAAUUCUUUGCUGCCUGUGUUUGCGCGCGAUUUGAUUCAAUACAACUCAAAGCACAAAAAUGGAAAUUUUGAGCAUCUUACUUCGAUUACCAGCGGGCGAGGCACUGGGCUUGGUUAUUUUGGGGCCCUUUUGGUUCAAAUUAGCUCUGUUUUUUUAGUGAAGAUGAGUAAAACACACGACAAUAUUCAAAUUGCCGUUCUGUUAGUCGGAAUAUGGUGGUUGGCGUGGCAGUUUCCUCUGACUUGGUUACUCAAAGACAUUUUACCACCACUUGUUGAUACUCGUGAGAUGCAUAUGCUGUCCUCUGCCAAAUAUCUGACUUAUGGGUGGUCGUCUCUUUUCGAGGCUUUGAAGCAUGCAAGAUUGCUGAAAGACGUCAUGAUCUUUCUAGUUGGCUGGUUCAUUAUGUCCGAUUGUAUUGCUACUAUUAGUUCGACAGCAAUCUUGUUUGCCAAAACGGAGUUAAACAUGGGUGCGGUCGGGCUGAUUCUUAUUAGUAUACUAACUCUCAUUAGCGGCAUACUGGGCGCGUUUGUGAUUCCACAGCUUCUAUCAUCAUAUUUCCAUCUAUCACCCCAAGGUAUGAUGAUCUCAAUAAUUUGCUGGGCGGGCUUCAUUCCAUUGUAUGGAACUCUUGGAUUCUUUUUUCAAUCUAUUGGCCUGAAACAUUCAGGUGAAAUGUACAUGCUAGCAGUCUGGUAUGGUGUUGCAAUGGGUGCUUUGGCUGCAGUAUCCCGUUCCAUUUUCAGUUUACUUAUUCCAAGCGGAAAAGAAUCCACCUUUUUCAGUAUUUUCAACGUUACUGAUAAAGGUUCAUCGAUUAUUGGACCUUUCUUGGUCGGUCUCAUCAUCGAUAGAACUCAUAGCAUCAGAUACUCUUUCUGCUUAUUACUAGUUCUGUUGUUGGCAUCGUUGCCAGUCUUUAGAAUGCUAGACGUAGAGAGAGGUGAAAAGGAAGCUAAAGAAAUGAGCAAUCUCCAAGCUUUGAAUGAUUGA